UCCUCCAGCGUGUGUUUCCAUCUCUCAUCACUACAAGUGACAGAGCUUCAUCAGUCACUGUUGUAGCCACAGAUUCUGCUUUCUACAGCCAGUUCUUCAGAUAUAUCCAGAUAUGGACCGUGCCAGCUCGGUGGUGCUGCAGGCCUUAACCCAAGCUACGAGUCAGGACACAGCCGUGCUGAAGCCUGCCGAGGAGCAGCUCCGGCAGUGGGAGACCCAACCAGGCUUCUACUCAGUACUUCUGAAUAUCUUCAAUAACCACACGCUGGAUGUGAACGUCAGGUGGCUGGCGGUGCUGUACUUCAAAAAUGGCAUUGACAGAUACUGGAGGAGAGUAGCACCUCACGCGCUGUCAGAGGAGGAGAAGACAUCACUUCGUGCUGGUCUCAUCACAAACUUCAAUGAGCCCGUUAAUCAGAUAGCAACCCAGAUCGCAGUGCUGAUAGCCAAGGUGGCCCGUCUGGAUUGCCCCAGGCAGUGGCCGGAGCUCAUCCCAAUCCUGCUGGAGUCGGUGAAGGGUCAGGAUGGCCUGCAGCAGCACCGAGCGCUGCUUACCUUCUAUCACGUCACCAAAACGCUCGCCUCCAAACGCCUGGCGCAGGACAGACGGCUCUUCCAGGAUCUGGCGUCGGGCAUCUACAGCUUUGCGUGCUCUCUGUGGAGCCAUCACACCGACUGCUUCCUCCAGCAGAUUUAUGCCCAAGAUGAGGCGGCAGCGCUCAGCUCACUGGAGAGAACGCUGCUCUCCCUUAAAGUGCUUCGUAAGUUGACUGUCCAUGGAUUUCAAGAGCCCCAACACAAUAUGGAGGUGAUGGGUUUCCUGAACGCAGUGUUUGAAAGGCUAAAACAGUUCUUGGAGUGCUGUCGCCAAGUUGGGUCAGAAAGCACAUGCAGAGAAAAGCUGGAAAAGACCAUCAUAUUGUACACUAAAGUUUUGUUAGAUUUCCUGGAGUACCAUCCCUGUGCAUUCAUACCGCUGAUCCAGCGCUCUCUGGAAUUUGCCGUCAGCUACGUGUUCACACCUGCAGGAGAAGGCGUGACCUUCGAACGCUUCAUCGUUCAGUGCAUGAACCUCAUCAAGAUGAUUGUAAAAAAUGAUGCCUACAAACCAGCCAAGAACAUCGAAGACAGUAAACCUGAGAGUUUGGAGGCUCACCGGAUCAAGACGGCAUUCUUCACACACCCCACGCUGACAGAGAUCGGACGUCGGCUCGUCUCACACUACUUCCUUCUCACCGAGGAGGAGCUGGCGAUGUGGGAGGAGGACCCUGAGAGCUUCGCUGUUGAAGAAACGGGUGGGGAUUCCUGGAAGUACAGUCUACGGCCUUGCACAGAGGUGCUGUUCCUGGACAUCUUCCACAACUACAGCCAGACCUUGACACCGGUUCUGCUGGAUAUGGUUCAGAACCUCCAGGGUCCAACUAAUGUGGAGGAUCCUGUUCAGUUGCUCAUGAAAGAUGCAGUGUACAACGCAGUGGGGCUGGCAGCCUAUGAGCUGUUUGACAACGUGGAUUUCGACCAGUGGUUCAAGAAUCAGCUUCUUGGAGAACUGCAAGUCAGCCAUCACAGGUACAAAUUGAUUCGCAGGCGGGUCAUUUGGCUAAUAGGUCAGUGGAUUUCCGUCAAGUUCAAAUCUGACCUUCGGCCUCUGCUCUACGAGGUCAUACUCAGUCUCAUGCAAGAUCCCGACUUGGUGGUGCGGAUCGAGACUGCAACCACCCUCAAACUCACUGUUGAUGACUUUGAGUUCCGGACCGAGCAAUUUCUCCCGUAUCUGGAGUCGAUCUUUGGGCUGCUGUUCCAGUUGCUGCAGCAGGUGACGGAGUGCGACACUAAAAUGCAGGUGCUCCACGUCAUCUCCUGUGUCAUCGAACGAGUAAACAUCCAGAUCCGUCCUUAUGUGGGCUGUCUGGUUCAGUACCUGCCUCUCCUGUGGAAGCAGUCCGAAGAACACAACAUGCUUCGAUGUGCCAUCCUCACGACCCUCAUCCACCUGGUGCAGGGCCUCGGAGCUGAAAGCAAAAACCUGUACCCGUUCCUUCUUCCUGUCAUCCAGCUAAGCACUGAUGUUUCUCAGCCGCCUCAUGUAUAUUUACUGGAAGACGGACUGGAGCUUUGGUUGGUGACUUUGGAGAACAGCCCAGCCAUCACCCCUGAGCUGCUCAGAAUUUUCCAGAACAUGUCAGCUUUGUUGGAGUUGAGCUCGGAGAACCUGCGAACCUGCUUUCAGAUUGUUAAUGCCUACAUAUACCUGUCUGCCACAGAGUUCCUGCAGAAUUAUGCCGAGUCAUUGUGUCGGUCUUUUUGUGAUCUCCUGAAAGACAUCACAAAUGAAGGGCAGGUCCAAGUGCUUAAGGUGGUAGAGAUAGCUUUAAAGGUUAGCCCCAUACUGGGAGCCCACAUGUUUCAGCCCCUGCUGCCAGCCGUCUUCAGAGGUAUUGUGGAUGGUGAGAGAUAUCCCGUGGUGAUGUCCACCUACCUUGGCAUCAUGGGUCGCGUCCUGCUGCAGAACUCCAGUUUUUUCUCCUCUCUGCUCGCUCAGAUGGCGUCAGAGAACAACCAGGAGGUGGAUCAAUUGUUGGGCAGCAUCAUCGAGAUGUGGGUCGACCGGAUGGACAACAUAACUCAGCCUGAGAGGAGGAAGCUGUCGUCGCUGGCCCUGCUUUCACUCUUACCGUCCGACAACAGUGUGAUCCAGGACAAGUUCUGUGGCAUCAUUAACAUCUGCGUCGAGGCUCUCCACGACGUCAUGACAGAAGAUCCAGAGACGGGAACCUUCAAAGACUGCAUGCUGAUGAGCCAUUUUGAGGAGCCCAAGCUUAGUGAUGAUGAGGAGCCUCCAACUGAGCAGGACAAGAGGAAGAAACUGCUGGCCCUGGAGGACCCGGUGCACAGCGUUUCCCUCCAGCAGUACGUCUAUGAGAAGCUGAAGGUGCAGCAGGCCCUGAUGGGGGACCAGGGCUUCGGCGUCCUGAUGGAGACCGUCGACACGGAGCUCGUCAGGCAGCUCCAGGAGUUCCUGCAAGGCCUCUGAAUAAACCAGUCCUUCACUACCUUACUCACACAUCUUCGCCUAAUGCUCUCCUCCACCCAUGUUUUUGAAAUCGUACUGAAAAAGGCGAACCGUCUGCCAACCCGUGAACUCCCGAUUCAAACCUUCCCAACCUCUGCCCAUGCUAUGCCUUAUCUAUAAUCAAACCUAGCCUUGUUGACUCUCCUCAGCUAUCACCCCAACUUUUUUUUUUUGUUAUUGUUUUAUUGUCUAUAAAGAUUCAUGUGGGUGCUUGAAAAUGUCAGUUUUGCAACACUUUGAACCCACCCACGUGAAAACAACCCCACACUAUAGAGCUUCCACUCAAUUCCUCUAGUUUCUUCACUUUUUGUGGUUUCAAUGUAAAUUAGAUUUAAAAAAAAAAAAAAUCUGAAACAACAACGGUAUGAAUGUUGGAGGGGUUUUGGGAGUAUGAAGCAAAAAUCCUCUGCAGGUGCCAGAGCAGGAGCCUCGGACUAUUUUCUAUCGAGAAGCACGCAGACGUAGCAGAAACACGGACAACCCAAACCCAAAGGACCUAAAGCAGUGUUUACAGAAUCUAUUCUUGAAAUGAAA